GUCUGACAGUAUCAGUGGCGCCAUAACCUGCAUGGAUGGUUUCGAAGCUGCAGAAAGGAAAGCGAAACACUAAUCAUUCAUCGCUCAGAUAGCAAGUUCUUCGAUCAACCGCUGCAGCCAUGCUGACCUGUGAAAUCUGUGGUGAAGAAAUUAUGUUGGAGGAAGACAUGAAGACACAUCUCCUUCUCAGCCACCUGGAAAAUGACAUGCACUGCCCACUCUGUUCCUUGUCUGGAGUGUCCUACGAUGAACUCUGCUUCCACAUCAGCUCUGCACAUCCAGAGAAGCAGCCCAGAGUGCAGGAUCAGGCUCAUUUCCCAUCCACUUCAGGCUGCUCUGCUGAAACAAGCACUGGUGUAACUGUGACCAAAAAGCCCCAGACACCUGAGUCCUGCUUGGCUGGAGAUAGCUGUGAUACAGCUGGUGAAGCAACACCCACCCAUGCCUGUAGUGUUACCACAGACUCAAUGCGACCUAAACAGAAUAGUACAAUACAAAGCGAGGGCUCAUCAACUGGAGAGACUGCACUUAUCACUUCGACUUUGACAACACAGAUCCCUAAAACCAGACAGAAAUCUGUCGGGCACUGUAAUGAGAACAGUAAUGGAAUUAAAUCUGAGCAGAGCAAAGCCAAGCAGAAGCGGUUGUCUUUCCCAAGAAAAGAGGAGCUGCUCUCCUGCCCCAUGUGUGCACUGGUCUGUAGCAGCUCUUUUAUUCUGCAGGAGCAUGUUGAGUUGCAUCUACAGGAACAGCACUCAGCUGAAGGGUCAGCACUGGUGUGUUCAGCAGCCAGGACAUCACCAUCAGCCAGCAGUCUCUCAGGAGAGAAAAGAUUUGAGUGCCCUCUGUGCUCUGUUGUCUGCAGUGACGGCUUCUCUCUGCAGGAACAUGUGGAACUGCAUUUAGAUAACAGAGCAGCUGUGAACUCUGCAGAGAGACUGGGGUCAGACCUGAAGCUGGCUAGACAGCUUCAGCAGGAGGAAGAGCAGAGGAGGAGGCAGAAGGAGGCCUGGCAGGAAAGAGAGGAGUUCAAGAAGCUGCAGAGGCAGUUUGGAGUGGACGGCAGAGGGGGCUACUGUAGACAGAUGGAGAGGACCAUGGAGAGAGCUGUAGCCAGGGGCCUUAUUACCCCUGCAGAGUUUCACUGUAAGAGAGCUGAGAUGAUGGAGUCUCUGGCCUCAGGGAUUGAUGACGGCAGAACCAGAACUCAGGGUGUGGUCAGAGCGUUAUCUGAAUAUUACCAGACUGAAUGCAGAGACAGUGUCCAUGUGUGGUUGAGUGCAGAUACCGACCACUUCUGCUCCUCAGCGGGGGAUAAAGGCUGGGGCUGUGGAUACAGAAACCUCCAGAUGCUCCUCUCCUCUCUGCACAGAAUUGAUGCAUAUGCUCCCUUUCUACAAGAGAAGACAGUGCCUAGUAUUCCCCGGGUGCAGAGUAUGAUUGAGAAGGCUUGGAAAGAAGGGCUUGAUCCACAUGGUGCUUCCCACUUCAACCAGCGGCUGCAGGGAACACGAGCCUGGAUCGGAGCCACAGAGAUCUACGUCCUCCUUACCUCUCUGGGAAUCAGUGCCCGCAUCAUUGACUUCCACCAGCCCACAGGCCCAGGUGACACCCACACCCGGCUGUUUGACUGGGUGAAGCAGUACUUCCAGUACAGCAGGAGCAGCGGACUGAUACCCAGACUCAUCCACACCUCCCUGCCCCCGCUUUACCUGCAGCACCAAGGUCACAGCCGCUCUAUAGUGGGCUUGGAGCAGAGGAAAAAUGGGAGCCUGUGCCUACUGCUUCUCGAUCCUGGCAGUUCAGCAUCAGACACCAGGAAGCUGCUGAGCAAGGGCACAGUCUCAACAGCCGUCCACCACAUCAGGAAGUUCCCUGGCAGCCUGAGACACAAACAGUACCAGGUGGUGGCUGUGCAGGGCAUGUUGUCUGCUGAGGAGAAACAGAUUAGCACCUUGAACUCCAGGACGCUAUGUGCUGAAAGGAUCCCAUGAACAGGAACACACUUCUUUAUCUCAUCACUUUGUUCUCUCUGUGAACAUUCAUUUGAUUUCUCACUUCAGGAACUCUUUUAUUUAGUCAUUUGUUAAUACAAAUGUAAUGUAUGUACCCUUUUUUUUUAUUUUUUUAAUAAAAUCUGUGCUCUCCAGACCAGUCUUUAGA